CGGUGACGUGUUGAGAAUUGGAAAUGUUGACAAGUUGCUUUGAUUGUGAUUCGGUUUGAUUAUUGAUCGUUUUGUUUUUCGCAAUUGUGAUUAUCUGUUCAAUUAGUUGAUUUAUCUUUUCGAUUAACUGGUCAACCAUGGGUUUAUCGUCGAGUUCAUUUGAAGUUCCUGGUGGAGGUAAGGAGGGAUAUCAUGUUCUCAAAGUGCAAGAAGGUUCUCCUGGAGCUGUUGCUGGUUUGGAAGCUUAUUUUGAUUUUAUUGUCUCCAUUGGAAAUACUCGUCUGAAUCAAAAUAAUGAAACAUUGAAGGAAAUUCUAAAAGCCAGUGUUAAUCAGACGAUUAAAAUGGCUGUUUAUAAUAGUAAAACUGGUCGUAUUAGGCAAGUUGAUAUUAGGCCAACUAAUGAAUGGAAUGGAACUGGUUUAAUUGGUGUUUCUAUUAAAUUUUGCUCUUUCGAAAAUGCUAAUCAAAAUGUUUGGCAUGUUUUACAAGUUGAACCUAAUUCACCAGCAGAACAGGCUGGUCUACAAUCUAAUUGUGAUUAUAUUAUUGGAGCUGAUUCAACCUUACAAGAUUCGGAAGAUUUAUAUGCAUUAAUUGAAGCGCAUGAUGGUAAACCUUUAAAACUAUUUGUUUACAAUUUAUUGACCGAUAAUGUAAGAGAUGUUAUCAUUACACCAAAUAGUCGAUGGGGAGGUGAGGGUAUGCUUGGUUGUGGAAUUGGUUAUGGUUAUUUACAUCGAAUACCUUACCAGUCUAAUUGUGAUUCAGAAUAUUCUGAUGAAGUACCAUUGAUGCAUGGAAGUGAAGCUCAACAUUCACAACCAAUUCAACCACAAUUUGAUUUAUCUACACAAUCAAAUCAACCUCAAGUUCAACCAUCCAAUUUUCAAGGUCCUAUUCCUCCUCAAUUUGCUUCAACUCAGGAAGUUGCUGUUCAACCUCAACCUCAACCUCAACCCCAAACACAACCACAACCCGAAUCACAAGUACCACCACCAGGAACACCAGCAAGUUCAGUAAUUGUCACCAGAGGCAUUAAUAGUGUUACAGCCUUCCCACCCGCUCCAACGGUCAGUGGCUCUUAUAGUUCACUUGCUUACAGUUCUGGCGGACCUCAGAUAAUAACCACAGGCUCUAGUGUUUCAUCUUACACUUCACCUGGUACGAUAACAACUCCUAUCUCAAUUCCUGGUAUGCCACCAUUGACAGUAAGUGCUCCUUUACCAUCAGAUCUGAAACUUGCCAAUUUAAAUCUAAAUUUUGAUGGACCUCAACAACCCCAACAAUCCAAUAAUCCAUUGAUGAGCGACUUUAUGAACCUAUCAUUAGCCUCUUCAACAGCGUCCACUGAAUCUAAAUCACAAUUGAUUUCAACAUCUUUGGCGAAUCCAAUUGCUAAUCCAACGAUGACUUACUCAUCUCUUCACUCUGCACCUCCAAUGCCUUCAACAGCAUCUUUAUUGGGAAAUUUAAAUUCACCACCUUACAGCCAAGCCGAUCAAACGAAAAUUACAUCUCCUUCGUCAAUUUCAACUAAAUUAACUACCCAACCAACACUUUUCCCUUUACCUAUGAAAACAUCAAAUAUUAAUUUUCCCACACCAACUGAAUCAAAUGAACCUUAUUAUGGUUCAGGAUUUGUUUCUAGUUACAAUCAACCACCGACUUCAACCCAACUAAGUCAAUCAACCAGCUCCAAUGUUUAUAACAAUUACUCAAAUAUCCCACUUUAUCCAUCAACGGUACCACCGCCACCAGUGACUAGCAUUCAACAACAAUCAACUAAUCCAUCAAGUUCAUCUCCUUUGACCACAAUUAAUUUAAACCAACCAAUUGAUAUUGAUCAAUUAGGAAAAGCGCUUUGAAAUGUUACCAACAAACUUAAACAAGAGAGAUGCAAUUUAUUAUACAUUACAAAUCAACGUAAACAAAUUAAUCUAAACAAUUAUUAUAUCAAAAUUUUCUGGUUCAAUGGAUUAAAACACCAUCACAGAAUUAGAUGAUUUUCAUGGUUAAAAGAAAAUAGAUUAACAAUUAUAAUUACUAAAUCAAGAUCUUUUGUCAUGAUGUAUUUUGUACGCAAUAAAUGUUGGUAUGCGAUUUUAUCGAUGAUUGAAACAAAGGAAACAAUAAUCUAUAAAUUAACCGAAACAAUCAAUUUCUACACUUAUUUAAAUGUGAGAGAGUGAAAAACAUCAAAUGAUAAUCAAUUUAAAUCGAAAUCAAUUAAAUUUUAACGAAAUUGAUUGAA